AAUCAGGCAUCCCUAAUGUCAAUAUCCAUUUCAGCACAAUUCAAUUAUAAGAGUUUUAUUAAUUAAACUUCUCCUAGUAGACUGCCAUGAGCUUCUGAUAGAGAAGGAUCCUGUACAGCAGCUGACUAGAAAAAUCUUUAGCAUUGUCAAAUUACCAAGUUCAUUUAUGCACCAGUUUAAGAACUCCUACCUAUUACCCUUGCCAGAAGGCUGCUCCUUGCCUACAGUAACAUCUGGUUUGCCUGCAAUUUAUUGGCCAUUUCUAAUGAUCUGACAGCCCGCGUAGGUAGAAAGGGGGCAGCACAGCAAACUUAAUGGGAUCUCACUGCACAGAACUGCACGCAGGGUCCUGCCGGCUGCUGCUUCCAGGCAUUUCACGCAUCGGAGGAGCGGAGCUCGCUGUACUUCCCAAGCUCGGGCAAUCCUAGCAGCUAAGCUCAUCUUCAACAGCCUCUGUCGACAGGCAGUAAUUCCUAACGCCAUGGAGAGCAUGCAGGCUCUCCUGCUAACUGCUGCUGUUUGCUCUCUCUGUCAAGGCUGCGGCGGCUCCGAGGCCGAGCACCGGCUCUACGCGGCCCUCUUCCAGAACUACAACCAGUUCGUCCGGCCCGUCAAGAACGUCUCGGACCCCGUCAUCAUCCAAUUCGAGGUGUCUAUGUCGCAGCUGGUGAAGGUGGAUGAAGUCAACCAGAUCAUGGAAACCAACCUGUGGCUGAAGCACAUCUGGAAUGACUACAAGCUUCGGUGGAAUCCAGCGGACUAUGGAGGCGCUGAAUUUAUCCGAGUACCAUCUGGCCAGAUCUGGAAGCCAGAUAUUGUAUUAUAUAACAAUGCAGUUGGGGAUUUCCAGGUUGAUGACAAGACAAAGGCCCUCUUAAAAUACACAGGUGAUGUGACUUGGAUCCCUCCAGCUAUAUUUAAAAGCUCAUGUAAAAUAGAUGUAACCUACUUCCCAUUUGACUAUCAGAACUGCACCAUGAAGUUUGGUUCCUGGUCUUAUGAUAAAGCCAAAAUUGACUUAGUUUUGAUUGGCUCUACAAUGAACCUGAAAGAUUACUGGGAGAGUGGAGAAUGGGCUAUUAUUAAAGCUCCUGGCUAUAAACAUGACAUCAAAUACAACUGCUGUGAAGAGAUAUAUCCAGACAUCACAUAUUCUCUUUACAUUAGGCGUUUACCUUUAUUCUACACUAUCAAUAUGAUUAUUCCAUGCCUGCUGAUUUCUUUUUUGACUGUGUUAGUUUUCUACUUGCCUUCAGACUGCGGUGAGAAGGUGACACUCUGCAUAUCAGUCCUUCUAUCUUUAACAGUGUUCCUUCUUGUUAUCACAGAAACCAUACCUUCUACUUCCCUGGUAAUUCCACUUAUUGGGGAAUACCUCCUUUUCACCAUGAUAUUUGUAACUCUAUCUAUCGUCAUUACAGUCUUUGUACUUAACGUACACUACAGGACACCCAAGACACACACAAUGCCAGUGUGGGUGAGAACCAUUUUCUUGAACUUACUUCCCAGGAUCAUGUUUAUGACAAGGCCUGCCAGUGAUGAUGAUAAUAAUCAGAAGCCAAAACCAUUUUUCACUUCUGAGUUUUCAAACUUAAAUUGCUUCAACAGUUCCGAAACCAAAUGCUGCAAAGAUGGCUUUGUAUGUCAAGACAUGGCAUGCAGCUGUUGUCAGUACCAGCGAAUGAAGUUCUCUGAUUUCAGUGGCAAUCUCACAAGAAGUUCAAGCUCCGAGUCUGUAGAUCCUCUGUUUUCGUUUUCAGUUCUGUCACCAGAAAUGAGAGAUGCUAUUGAAAGUGUUAAAUAUAUUGCAGAAAAUAUGAAAAUGCAGAAUGAAGCAAAAGAGGAACAGCAGGAUUGUUUUUACAACCUUUGAUGGCUGGAGAUGAAAUGUAAAGAUUAAAUACAGCGUUGUGACAUCAAAUAAAACUUUUGCUGAGCAACUCCGCACCCCCACCACAGCACCCGAUGUCUCUUCUGUGUGGCAGAAUAAGGAUCUCUCUUGGCCUCAACUUUGCUUGACCAAGAAGGCUUUGUUAAAAACAUGAAAACACAAAAAAAGAAAAUAUUUUAAACCUUUAAGACAGCCAAUGUCAAAGUAAUACAAGCUUCUUGUAUUAACUGGAAAUCUGCUUCUUGCAUUAACUGGAAAAGAUGUAGGCAGCACACCAAACAUCACAGGAAUGGUUUGAGAAGAGGAUUGAUAAAGAAACUGAAAAUUACUUGAGUAUUUGAAAGUCAAAACAGGUUGAAGGCUACUGGAGUUGUUUCAGUAAGUCUGGUGCCAAGUGUCUCCAGAGUAUGACAGGAUCUUCUGGAAUUAAGUUCAGACUGAAUUCAAUGAAUGCCCUCAUGAGGACAAAAUGUUUCAGGAAGCAUGCAUACCAAAUUGAUAGAAUGCAGACAUUGCCACCUGGUGUAUAAACUGAAUCAAACAGUGGGAGGAAAGGACCAAGGGGAGGUUUGUUAAAAAAGGAAAACAAAUAGGUAAAUCACAGAUGGUAGUAAUAAAGCAGCCAGAAUGUAAAGUCUGUGCAUUCGUGUAUUUCAGUGUAUGAGAAGUCUGCCAGAAAAAAACAAGCUAUUCCAACCUAAUAAUGUUUAAAACUAUGUACAGGACACACACUAAGAUGCAGUGUGCAGGUUAUGCAAAGAAUCAAAAUAUUUUGCUAGGAUAGUUCGGAUGCAGAAGCAUCUUUCUAUAGCCAAGUGUUCUGUGACAAGGGAAAGCAGGUAGCUGCACGACAGUCCUGUAAAGCAUGCAAAAAUUGCUUCCUAGGCAUACUUUGGUUUUAAAAUCAGUAACUGCAGAUAAUUUAAGAGCAUGAAUAAAGAAUGCAACCAAAUACUGCAACGAGAAAAUGUUUUGUAAGUGUAUGAACUGUUGUCUCUGUACCAAACUGGAAACUUUUUGGAAAUACAGUGUAUCAAGUGGUGUAACAUAGAUGAAAAUAAAG